AUGAAAAUACCAUUGGCUACUGUAGCCGCCGAAUAUGUCGGAUUUAUUGUUGCAUUUUUCGCGAAUAUCUUCUUGAUAUUCUUAAUCGUCACUCAAACUCGUCAAAACUUUGGAGCAUAUAAGAAUUUGAUGUUAUGGUUCACCGUAUUCUCACUUUGGUAUUCUUUCAUUGAUAUUUUGACACAACCUGGAAUGCAUUCCUACAAAAAUAGUUAUAUUGUUUUUUGUGCAAGUUGGUUCAAAUAUCAUCAAUUAUUGGCACCAAUUAUUAUAAGUAAGGGUUUUUUUUUAAGGAAAUCAGGGCGUGAACAUCAAAAUUCGGACUUUUUUCCAGCUUCUUACUGUACUUCUUAUGGUCUCACAUUAGUCCUUCUCGCAAUUCAUUUUAUUUAUCGAUUCAUUGCAAUUAGUCGUCCAAAUCAAAUGUAUUAUUUCAAAUAUCCACGUGUUUUUCUUUGGCCUACCGUAUUCAUAACAAUUGCAAUAUUUUGGUGGUGUAAUGUAUAUUUUUUCUUGGGAAGAAAUCAAGUGAUCGAUGAAUAUAUGCAAAAAAGUAUUGAGGAAAAUUAUGAGGAUGAUAUCAGAAAAUUAUCAUAUAUUGGUCCUCUUUAUUUUGUAAUUAAGACUAAUUAAAUUUAUAGAGAAAAUUCGAUUUUUUAGAUCAUUAGUCCUGGUGGAAAAAUUGAGAUACAAUGGAAAAGUUGUGUUGGAAUGGCGAAUGUUUAUACGAUUGCAGCCACUACUUUUGUUUUGAUAACAACUUUGGGUUUAGGAAUUUAUAAAAAAAUGCAAUCGGUGCAAUCUUUGAUUGCUCCGAAAACUCGAGAACUUCAAAAACAAUUAUUUCACUCAUUGAUUGUUCAGACAAUUGUCCCCAUUAUUUUCAUGUAUACUCCCACAACUAUUCUCUUUAUCGCUCCAAUUUUUGGAAUUGAAUUGGGAAGUAUGGCAAAUAUAACAUCGAUUUGUCUUGCAUUAUAUCCAGCUUUAGAUCCUCUUGUUGUUAUGUAUUUUAUUCGUGAUUAUCGCAAAUAUAUCAUCAGUGAGUGUCAGAAUUUUUUAAAAGUAUUUUCUAGUUUUUUCCAGAGCACAUCACAUUUUCUAACAAUGUUUCAUCAACUCGAAAUGUGACACAUGAUAAAUGA